AUGUACCAUCGUCCCAAAAAAGCCUACAGACCAUCCAGCUACGAAAACGCACACACCAGCGAUGGCAAGCGGCGGCACAGUGACCAAGCUACCUACUGCUGCUGCUCCCCACCCGCUCAGGCACGUCUUAUGCGCUUUUCCAUACCAGUCGAUUUCUCUGUGGUAGGCCUGCCGAAGCAGAAACAUUAA